CUCCGCCCGUCUCUCCCUCUCUCUCUCUCUCCCUCUCUCUCUACCCCCGCGAGCUCCCGGCUGCCCGCGGCUCGCUCGCGCUCGCCCUCCUCUCUGCGCUCGGCUCUGCGCGCGAUGCGAGCUCGGGGAGACAGCGCCGCCGCCUCCCGCUAGAGACCUGCCCCCCGCCCGGCCCCCUGCCCAGCCCUGCCCAGCGCGCGGGGGUCGGCCCAGGCGCCGCGGACGCACGGACGGCGGCCGGCCGGCGAUGCACAAGCACUAGCAGCACCCCCGAACUCACUCCUCGCCUUCGCCUCCUCCGGCAGCAGGACCCACCCUGCCCCCCACCCCGCCCUCCGCCGCCCCGGCUGCGGCGCCUGCCUCGACUGUUAUUUAUCCGGGGGUUGUGCACCAGCCUCGGUGCCCGCAGCCCGCGCCGCCUCGGACCGCGGGCGCCCCCAGACCCCGCCGCGACACCUCCGGAGCCCCGCCUGCCGCUGCGAAAGCCCCGCCGCCGCUGGACGCUUGUGAGCGGCUGGUGAAUUUAGGGAGGGGGGCGAUCCGGCUUCCCGAAAAAAAAUUUUUUUCUUUCUUUUUUUUUUCUUUUUCUUUCUUUCUUUUUUUAAUUUUUUCCGUUUUCAAGCGAAGGGGAGGCUGAUCGUGAUUUUUCCCUCUUCGAGCCCAGGCUCUGCUCUCUGGGGGGGUGGGGGGCGCGCCGAGCCGGGGAGCCGUGCCAGCCGAGUCGUGCGGGCUGUGGCAGGGAAGGGGCCACCAUGGGAUGUACUCUGAGCGCAGAGGAGAGAGCCGCCCUGGAACGGAGCAAGGCGAUUGAGAAAAACCUCAAAGAGGAUGGCAUCAGCGCCGCCAAAGACGUGAAAUUACUCCUGCUCGGGGCUGGAGAAUCAGGAAAAAGCACCAUUGUGAAGCAGAUGAAGAUCAUCCAUGAGGACGGCUUCUCCGGGGAAGAUGUGAAGCAGUACAAGCCCGUGGUCUACAGCAACACCAUCCAGUCCCUGGCCGCCAUCGUCCGGGCCAUGGACACUCUGGGCAUCGAGUACGGGGACAAGGAGAGGAAGGCGGACGCCAAGAUGGUGUGUGACGUGGUGAGCCGGAUGGAGGACACGGAGCCUUUCUCCCCCGAGCUGCUGUCGGCCAUGGUGCGGCUCUGGGGGGACUCGGGGAUCCAGGAGUGCUUCAGCCGCUCCCGGGAGUAUCAGCUCAACGACUCUGCCAAAUACUACCUGGACAGCCUGGACCGGAUUGGGGCGGCCGACUACCAGCCCACCGAGCAGGACAUCCUCCGGACCAGGGUCAAGACCACGGGCAUCGUCGAGACCCACUUCACCUUCAAGAACCUUCACUUCAGGCUGUUCGACGUCGGGGGCCAAAGGUCUGAGCGGAAGAAAUGGAUCCACUGCUUCGAGGACGUCACGGCCAUCAUCUUCUGCGUCGCCCUCAGCGGCUAUGACCAGGUGCUCCAUGAAGACGAGACCACGAACCGCAUGCACGAGUCCCUGAAGCUCUUCGACAGUAUCUGCAACAACAAGUGGUUCACGGACACGUCCAUCAUCCUGUUCCUCAACAAGAAGGACAUCUUCCAGGAGAAGAUCCUCCGGUCGCCGCUCACGCUCUGCUUCCCCGAGUAUGCAGGUCCCAACACCUAUGAAGAUGCAGCCGCCUACAUCCAAGCACAAUUCGAAAGCAAAAACCGCUCACCCAACAAAGAAAUCUAUUGUCACAUGACUUGUGCCACAGACACGAAUAAUAUCCAGGUGGUAUUCGACGCCGUCACCGACAUCAUCAUUGCCAACAACCUCCGGGGCUGUGGCUUAUACUGACCUCUUGUCUGGUUAGCAACCCUCGUGGGUAAUGGUUCCAGCACUCACAGAAAAGCUUGCACACACACACACACACACACACACACACACACACACACACGCCACUAACAAAUGCAAGUUGGUAAAUAACAAAAUCUUAUCUAUAUACAAAUAUAUAUUAAAAAAAUUCUUUUUAGUUUGUACUAGAAAGAGCUUCGGACAGAACUGACCACCAUCCCAUAAACCCUCCCUGUGUUCCCACCGUGAGUGCGUGCAUGCACGCACAUAUGCACGCACGCAUGCACACACGGUGAUGGGACCCCCCAUCCCUUUUAAGAACAGCCACGUGAUUCUACGCUGAGACCCGUUUGGCGAGCAGGUGGGGGAGGGCGGAGAAAGGCCGGCGCCGUCCCCACUUCCUCUCCUUCCCCCGCCGAGACUGUGCGUUCAGUUCUGUCCUGCUCUGGUGAAAAUCCCCCAGCCCCUGUCAGAAGUGGCCAACGCCCUCCACGUCUCCCCGUCCGAGCCCCUCACCGCCACAGAAUAAUCAGGACUCUUCUCUUUGGGGUGGCGGUUGGUUGUUCAAGAAUUUAGAAGAAUCGUUGUUCUCACCAAUCCACUGUCUCCUGAGUUUUCUUUAUUCAUGUUUAACGAGGCAAGAGCCAGAAAAAGGAGCAGACUCCAUCUGCUUUCCUAGAGCAGCUGGGGGUGGGGUGGGGAAGAGGCGGGGAGGCAUACCCCAGGGCCCAGACUCACUGGCAGGGUCCAAGGGGCCCCCAGGAGGCGUGUGGCGAAGACAGGCAGGGCACCACCAGGUUAGGGUCCCUUAGGGUAACGCCUCCACGGCUGGGGCCCCCGACAGCCCCCGGGUUCCUAAUCCCAUCCUGCCUUCACCCCAGUAGCACCGGAAGCUGUGGCAGGGAUUCGGGGUUGGUUUGAGAAGGGAAGGACGUGGUCAGACGGGACCCCCUGUCUCUCUCUCCAGGCUGCCUUCAGGCCUGUGCUGUGCUCGCAUGACCUUUAGCCUCUGUAAAGACACAGCCUUUCUGUACUGGGCCCGUCUAUCUCACGACCCCCGAGGGACUGGAGGCUGUGUGUUUCUGUAGAAUGCUGUAGAAUCCGGUUUUAGUUGAGUCUUUACAUUUAGAAUUUGAAAGGGGAAUAAUAAUAAAAAAAAAAGCCCACAUUUAUCACAUGCUUUGUAGCUUUAAAAAAGAGAGAGGAAGGAAAACUCACCCUUUCAUCCAUAUUUCCUUUUGGGGGGAAAACUAAAGAAACACAUCUGCCCGCCCGGUACCUCGCAGCAGUAUGCCCAGGCUGCUUCCAGAAGCCUCUGGCUGCCAGUGCCCCGCCCCCCUGCCCCCCCCACCCCCCGCCGUGCCGCCACCUCGCCCCCCACCUGCACCCCAUACUCGGCCCCACGCCAUUCCACACCUCACUCCAGGUUUGUAUAGAAAAAGCACAGCUCUGGCCAGUAGCUGCCAAAAAAGAAGCCCCCCAUCGUGUGUAUAGAGCCCAGUAGGAACCACCGUCCUGUCCAGCCCCCGUCCCCGGCGCCCUGCUCAUCUUCCUCCAGUAGCUUCCGGUUGGGUUUUUCCGCUCGCGAACGCGAACGCGGCGUCGCCCCCGACUCUGGGGACGGGGCUUGGACCUCUGCCCCGGGGCCCCUGCCCCCCCCUCUCUGGACGGGUACUCCGCGUGCCCCUCCACCUCCUCCCUUGUUCCAGUGAUCUGUGUUCGAUCUCUCUCAUGUGGGGAUGUGUGUGCUGCAGAUGACAAAGAACCCUUUUAGAUAACCACAGGAUGGGGAGGGGAGGGAGCCACGACACUUGGGAAGAGGUUGGGAUGUCGGUGUUUCCAGGAAAGCGUUUCCAUGAUCGGUCCUGUGUCAUUUCUACUUUGACUCGUCUCCAGACCUCGUCACGGCUUCACGUUUCAGACUUACUAUACGCUGGAGAAGGCCAGUCACAGCCAUUUCUCAGAUUAAAGAGGAGGCCAAAAAAAAAAAAUACAAAACACACAAAAAAUUGAAAAUACAGGAAAAAAAAAAACUUGAAAAAAAAAAAUCCCACGGGUCUUUCUAAGCCUUUCUAUUCCCAAUCGGUGAGGUUUCUGUGAUACUUACACACUGCCAGUCUACUUCUCUGACUAAUGGAAAUUCAUGUGUAGCUCAAUAAAGAGAAUGUUUGUCUGUA